UUACAUGGGCGUUCCACUUUUACUAUAGUGCUUGUGCACUAGUGUUGCAUGGAAAAUGUGAGUGUGAUAAGUGUCCUUGGGUGAGAAGAGGAGGAGCAGCUGGGGUUAAUCAUAGCUCCACACACAUCAUGGCUAUCAUGCAUAGCUCCUCCUACUCUGUGGAUGCACUCACUAAUUACCAUGGCCACAAGUUGUCCUGCAGCUUUGCCACAGUGAAAAAGACUUUCAGUGAAAGCCUGUGAUCAAAGAUAAAUUAGCUAACCUCCCUCUUCAGCUGCAUCAUCUAGUCAGAAAUGGAGAGCCGCAAGAAACACAGCCCGGAUCAAGAUACACCCAAAGUGAAGCAAAAUCCACAUAAAGCAGCGCUUAUUCUGGCUAGGGGAGGAAGCAAAGGGAUCCCACUGAAGAAUAUCAAGGUUCUGGCUGGAGUUCCUCUGAUUGGAUGGGUUGUGAGAGCAGCCCUGGACACAGAGCUCCUGGACAGUGUGUGGGUGUCUACAGACCACGAUGAGAUCGAGAGAGUGGCCAAACUGUGGGGAGCUCAGGUGAUUCGUCGGAGUCCCGAGGUCUCCAAAGAUUCCUCCAGCUCGCUUGAAACAAUGCAGGAGUUCAUCAAAAUGAGACCAGAGGUGGACAUUGUGUGCCAUAUCCAGGCCACAUCUCCAUGUCUGCACCCUUACCACAUCAAGGAGGCACUGCAGAUGAUCGUUGAUGAGGGCUGUGACUACGUGUUUUCUGUGGUUCGGAGGCAUCAGUUUCGCUGGUCUGAGGUGAAGAGAGAAGGCAAGAACCCCAUCCCCCAUAACAUUAACAUUGCCAAGCGGCCCCGGCGGCAGGACUGGCCUGGGGAGCUCUAUGAGAAUGGAUCCUUCUACUUCUACAAGAGGGAACACCUAGAGAAUGGCCUUCAGCAGUGUGAGAGAAUGGCCUACUAUGAGAUGCUUCCUGAGCACAGCGUGGAUAUUGAUGUGGACAUAGACUGGCCUGUAGCAGAAGAGAGGGUUCUCAGGUUUGGUUACUUCGGACGAGACCAGCCUGGAGAGGUAAAGCUGCUGCUCUGCUCUGUGUCUGGCUGUCUGACUGAUGGACAGAUAUACAUUUCAGUCUCCGGAGAAGAGCUAGUGUCCACCAACACGCGUGACCUCGGUGCCAUACACAUGCUGCAGAGUGAGAACAUCGAGGUUAUCCUGAUUUCUUCCAGUGAUGAUCCCGUACCCAAGGCCCUGGCAGAGAAACUUGCCCGGCGUGCCUGUUGUACCCUGAGGCACGGAGUGGACCACAAACUAUCUGAGGUGGAACGGCUGAUGAAAGAAAAGAGGCUGCAGUGGAGGGAUGUGGCAUUCCUGGGUACUGACAAGCAGGAUGUGGAGUGCCUGUCCAACGCUGGCCUGAGCGGGGUCCCACCACAAGCCCCUGCAGCCGCAGGUAUUGCGGCCAAAUACACCUGCCGCAGUCCCGCAGGACACGGAGCUGUGAGAGAGUUCGCAGACUACAUCUUACUGCUCAAGAAGAAGGCCACCUCCAGAGAGGACGAAGAGCGCAUUGACAGAAUGAAUUUUUAGAGAAAAUAAGGUUUCUUUCCGUAUUAUAAUUAAAAUGUAAAUACCAUUAAUACAUUAAUGGAAGGGUUUUCAAAC